AUGGCGGCGGCGGGAGGCUCGGCUAGCUCGCUCGCUCGCUCCCUCGGCGCUCGGCCCGUCGGCGCCCGCGCCUGCGCCCGCUGCGGCCUCCACACGAAGUGCCGGCGGCCGGCCUCGCUCCUCGUCCGCGGCUCCAGCGGCUGCCACCGGUGCGCCCCAGCGCCCAGUGGUGGGACAGGGAGGCCGGGAGUCUCCCCGCAAGACACAAUGGAAAAGUACCAGAUUUUGGACUGGCUGAAUCCUGGGGCCUUGGGGGUGAACCUUCUGGUGGAGGAGACAAAAACCAAAGUAAAGCACGUGAUAAAGCAGGUGGAGUGCAUUGAUGAGCAUCAGGCCAACGAGGCCCUGGAGGAGUUGAUGCCACUGCUGAAGCUUCAGCAUGCCCACGUCUCCAUCUACCAGGAGCUCUUCAUCACGUGGAACAGUGAGAUCUCCUCUCUGUUCCUUUGCCUGGUGAUGGAGUUCCACGAGGGAAGCUUCCAGAAUGUCAUUGAGAAGAAGAGGGCGGCAAAGAGAGUCAUUGACUCCCAGUGGAUGCAGAACAUGCUGGGCCAGGUGUUGAAUGCGCUGGAGUACCUGCACCAGCUGGACAUUAUCCACAGGAACCUCAAGCCCUCCAACAUCGCCCUGGUCAGCAGUGACCACUGCAAACUGCAGGACCUGAGCUCCAACGCACUCAUGACCGACGUAGCCAAGUGGAACGUCCGUGCAGAGGAAGACCCCUCUCACAAGUCCUGGAUGGCCCCCGAAGCCCUCAACUUCUCCUUCAGCCAGAAAUCUGACAUCUGGUCCCUGGGCUGCAUCAUUCUCGACAUGGCCAGCUGCUCCUUCCUGGAUAGCACGGAAGCCAUGCUUCUGCGGAAGUCCAUCCGGAGUUCCCCCGACGGCCUGAGGGGUGUCCUGAGGACCAUGGAGGAGAGGAGGGUCCCCGAUGCGGAAAUCUUCAGUUCCCUUUUGCCUCUGAUGCUCCAGGCCGACCCGUCGGAUCGAAUAACCAUCAGGGACGUGAUUCACUUGUUUGUGAGCAGCGACUUCAGCUCCUCCAGCAGUGCCCUGAUGCUGCACCAGCAGGUGGUGCCCAACUUCCUCAUCGACAUGCUGCUAGAGAGCAGCGUCACCAGCACCUUAGAGGUCAUGCAGAACUUCUCCAGCCACCCCGAAGUCCAGCAGAGGGCCCUGGAGAGGCUCCUGAGGAUGUCUGAAGACCAGCAAGGUGUGCCGUGGCCGGCGGAGCUGGCGGAGGUGUUGGUCGGCAUCGUGAAGCAGCACGACAGGGUCCUUGACGCACAGCCGUGUGCCUGCUCCCUGCUGCUCCGCACCGGGGGCCAAGGACUGGCCACAGACGAGCUGCGGAGGGCCGGGCUGUGCGAGCGCAUCCUGGAACGCCUGGAUGCCUUCCCCAGGAACAGGGACACCUGCAUCAACGGCCUGAGGCUGCUCUGGGCUCUGCUGGUGGACGCUGUCAUAGCGAACAAGGCCCCCUGGGAGAAAGCCCCGGCCCUCAUUGCUGAGGUGCUGGCCACCUACCCCACGGACGCGGAGAUGGCUGAAGCCGGCUGUGCAGUCCUGUGGCUGCUGUCCUUGCUGGGUGAGCAGCCCGGGGCCCCGGGGCCUGAGAGGUGGCCCUGGGCCCUCGAGUCGAGACACGUGUGGCCCCCCGCAGGCUGCAUAGGGGAGCAGCAGUUGGAAGAGGUGGUGGUCCUAAUCCUGCAAAGCAUCCGGGCGUGCCAGGACCGAGCCCUGCUGGUGAACAAUGCCUGCCGGGGGCUGGCCAGCCUCGUGAAGAUGUCUGAGCUGGCGGCCCUGCAGGUGGUGAUGCCCGAGGAGGGCAGCAGUGGCCUCACCCUCAUCCAGGAGACGUACCAGCUCCACCAGGACGACCCGGAGGUGGUGGAGAGCAUCUGCAUGCUGCUGGCCCACCUCGCCUCCCACAAGGACAUCCUGUCAGAGCUGGUGUCCAGCGGCAUCCAGCCCCUGGUCGAGGAGAUCCACGGGCGCUUCACCUCCAGCCUGGUGAGUGUUGGGGGGCUGCCUCAGCCAGACCUGGAUGGCACAGAGUCCAGGGGCCGGAGCAGUGGUGUGUGGAGGCGACUGGGGCUGCCGCGUGUGUGGUUUUAA